AGACAUUUUCAUUGGCUGAUUCAUCCUCCUUCUUUAUCUUCCUUCUUUAUCUUCUCUUCUUCUUCUCCUCGUCCCAUCACAGCAGAUGAUCAAAGCUGGUCGCCAUGUCAUCGUCGAGAAGCCUUGGUUCCUCGGCCUUCUUCUCGCCGGAUUGAUUGGUGGAGUCUUGGCCCUCUCACUUUUCCUCCACAUCGCCGACAACCCCGUCUCUUGCAGCUUCACCGGCUUGGGCUUCCGCCCCCAAUCCAAGCUGCAGCCCUCCCCCAUCCAGCUCAAGGCCCUCCUUCACUAUGCCACCUCUCCGGUUGUACCCCAACAAUCAUACGCUGAGAUCAGCAUCUCCUUGGCCAUCCUACAGCGACGCUCUCCCUGCAAUUUCCUAGUCUUCGGACUCGGCCACGACUCGCUCAUGUGGGCUGCCUUCAAUGCCGCCGGCACUACUCUAUUCCUAGAGGAGGAUCCCAAGUGGUUCCACACCGUCUUGCAAAGAGCACCUGACCUCCGAGCCCACACCGUCAGGUAUCGGACGAAGAUGUCGGAGGCGGACGAGCUGUUCUCGUGGUACCGGUCGGAACCGGACUGUUCGACCUCCAAGUCCCAGCUGCGAGGAAACGACAAGUGCAAGCUGGCACUAACUGGGCUGCCGGAUGAGUUCUACAACACGGAAUGGGAUCUAAUAAUGAUAGACGCUCCGAGGGGAUACUUCGCCGAGGCACCGGGAAGGAUGGGAGCUAUAUACUCCGCGGCGGUGAUGGCCAGGAACAGGAAGGGCUUGGGAGCGACCCACGUGUUCCUUCACGACGUGGAUCGGAAGGUGGAGAAGAUGUACGCCCAGGAAUUCUUGUGUAUGAAGUAUUUGGUUAACGGGACCGGGAGGCUGUGGCACUUUCAGAUUCCUCCGGCGUCAAACGCCACGUCGUCCGGGACCUUUUGCUGAGUGAACGAGCGAGUGAGUUCACUCACGGGUUCGGCCCCAUCUUGAUUGAUUCUACACGACAAUAGAGGCCGCCUUUGACGAUUGACAUUCAUAGGCCCCAAUUUGACCAGAUGUGGGCUUAUUUGUUUCUUUUAAAUAAUAUUUUAUUUCGGUUAUUUAAAUAUUAAAUACAAAAAUAAAAUAAUUUAGUUUCUAUUAAAUAAAAUUUUAAUUUUAUAAUCAAUCA